ACUCCGGGCGCGGGCUCAGUCGUCCCUUCUGCCGCCGCCGCCGCCACUGCUGCUGCCGCCGGGCGCGGGCUCACUCGUCCACGCGCUCUCGUUCUCCGGCCGCCGGCGUCUCCCGGCCCGGCCACCACCGCUGCUGCAGCGCAUUUCCCUGGAACCUGGGCUCCCCGAGACGCGGCACUGGAGCAGAUGGAUAAUGGAGACUGGGGCUAUAUGAUGACUGACCCAGUCACGUUAAAUGUAGGUGGACACUUGUACACAACGUCUCUCACCACAUUGACGCGUUACCCGGAUUCCAUGCUUGGAGCUAUGUUUGGGGGGGACUUCCCCACAGCUCGAGACCCUCAAGGCAAUUACUUCAUUGAUCGAGAUGGACCUCUUUUCCGAUAUGUCCUCAACUUCUUGAGAACUUCAGAGUUGACCUUACCCCUGGAUUUUAAGGAAUUUGAUCUGCUUCGGAAAGAAGCAGAUUUUUAUCAGAUUGAGCCCUUGAUUCAGUGUCUCAAUGACCCCAAGCCUUUGUAUCCUAUGGAUACUUUUGAAGAAGUUGUGGAGUUAUCUAGUACUCGGAAGCUUUCUAAGUACUCCAAUCCAGUAGCUGUCAUCAUAACCCAAUUAACCAUCACCACCAAGGUCCAUUCCUUACUAGAAGGUAUAUCAAACUAUUUUACAAAGUGGAAUAAGCACAUGAUGGACACCAGAGAUUGCCAGGUUUCCUUUACUUUUGGACCCUGUGAUUAUCACCAGGAAGUUUCUCUCCGAGUCCACCUGAUGGAAUACAUUACAAAACAAGGCUUCACAAUCCGAAACACCCGAGUGCAUCACAUGAGUGAGCGGGCCAACGAGAACACAGUGGAGCACAACUGGACUUUCUGCAGGCUGGCCCGGAAGACAGAUGACUGACCUCCAGCAGUGGGAGAAGUUCCUGGAAAUGGAAUCUCCAGGAGAUCGAAGAGGCUGAUUGAUUUUUUUUUUUUUUAAAUCACAGUGUGAGAUUUUUUUUUUAAAUAUUUGUAUUUAUUUGAAGGCACUGGGGACCAGAAGGAAGUUUUGUGCUUUAGCAGACUUCUCUAUGUUUUGUUCCCUUCACCCUGAGUAUGCAUGUGCCUGUUCAGAGCCUCCAGAUACCUUUUUUAUAAAAAGAAGUCUGAAAAUCAUUAUGAUAUAUAAUCUACCCUUAACAGAGCUUCUUUUAUUACAGUGCUAAAAUGAUUUCUGAUUAAGUAGUCCCUAACUCAACUAGAAGGCUAAAAAUGCAGGAAUGAAAGAAUAAACAGAGUACUCAUGAUGCCUUUGGGAAAAAUCAAAACAUCAUGUAGGGUGACCUAGUUUUCAAACCAAUAAGCAGUAUUAUAAUAUUAAAGGAAAACUGUUCCAAUCAUUUAAGAGUACUUGUUAAGUACUGCUUUUUACAGUUAUGACAACUGUUUCUUUCUAUGCAUAUAAAUCAAGCAACCAAAUAUCUGUAGCCAUGGAAAUGUCUGACUAGAAAUAUUUAUAUUGGCUUCUGAAUACAAAAUGUCCCUGUGGUAGAAAUCUUACUUCUUAUGCCUGGUGCAGUAUAAUUCCCAAGUGUACUGUCUACCAGAAAAAAUAAAUAAA